AUGAUUGCGACAGUGUUUAUGUUUCGGUCAUCGUGGCACUCACAAGGUACGAAUAAAGCAAAGACGGGCUACAACACCGAGUCUACGGAAUGGCCAUCGAUUGAGGAUUUAGAUAUCGUCAAAAGCCUGAUCGAUAAGUUCUUCAAUCUGCUGGACAACGAUAGUUCAGCCGUUGGCGAUAUUCUAGCCGAUGAAAUAUUUUCAAGCGAUGCAAGAUCGGGGUUUGGGGGUCAUUUCUUCGUGGGAUCAGAACAAAUCAGGGAAUCAAGAGACAGUGCUUGGGCCGCUGUGAAAGCUCGAAGACACUUGAUUAACAAGGUCUAUGUAAGCGAUUCAAAAGCGGACGACCUUCUCUUCAUCGGGCAUGUUACUAUGAACCUGCGCAAUGGCAAAGAGGUGGCCGGAGAAUUUACGGGCCGUGUCAAGAUCGCCAACCCAGGGCAGAGCCCACGACUGUCGCUCUAUCAACUUUGGGCCGUACAAAGUCCAAGAAUUUUUCGUAACCAUCCUGCUAACAUAUAA